CGUUUCUGCAUCGCCGUCUCCCUCCAUCGUCUCCAUCUCCAGCGUUCUCUUUGCCGGAAUCAGAAGCCGCCCGCUGCCGACGAUCUCCGGCGUUGUCUUUCUCGGAACCGUCCCUCUGCCGACGACCUGUCUUUCCCGUCCCUAGGUCGGAUCUCAUCCCAGUCUGUUACUCUGUUCCAGUUGGAAACACUUCAGGAGACCUAGGAUUUGUGUUUGGAUCAUAUUGGGGCGAACUACAUACCUACAAUUUUGAAAGUUCACCGUAACGAGUCAAGUCCAAGCAAAGCCCAACAAUGGUGGGCACUUCGGGAGGCAAUCCAUUCACCAAAGAAAUGGCCAUACGGAAGCGCAUCGGCAAUAUAUAUAAUAAAAGAGAAGAGGAUUUUCCAUCAUUACGGGAUUACAAUGAUUAUCUGGAAGAAGUAGAAAAUAUGAUAUGUGAGUUGAUUGAAGGAAUUAAUGUCCCUGCUAUUGAGGCAAAGAUUGCUCAAUACCAAAAAGAAAAUGCAGAACAAAUCAUGAUUUCUCAAGCUCGUAAGGCAGAAGAGUUGGCAGCAGCCUUAAGUAAGGGACCUUUCCGGCCUGAUGGUGAUACAGCAGCAGCCCAAAGAAGUUCUGAAGCUGGGCCUAGUACUGUGGUGCAACAGGGACAAUAUGCUCCGGCAAUUGCUAUAGGCCAACCGCGCCCAACCCAGCAGCCUGUCCCAAUUGGGUCGACUCAUGACAUGUUCGGGUUUGAGAUUGAAGAAGAUGAUGAAAAACUGAGAGAACGAACCGAAAGAGCUGCAAGGGCUGGCGGGUGGACUGUUGAAAUAAGCAGGAAAAGGGCUCUUGAAGAAGCUUUUGCUACCCUAUGGGUGGUCUGAAUUCCUGCCUGCCUUAUAAUUAAUGCCACUAUCUAUCUCUGCGUGCAGCAGCUUUUCCCUUUAACUAUUUAAGUUUCUACAUAUGAGUGUCAAGUGCAGGUAAUUUACGCAGGACCUCUGAUCUAGGAAGUGAGUCGGAGUCGUAUAAAGAACAAGCAAUAAC